AUGUUACAGGAAGAGGGUCCCAAGGUCAGAAAGAAAGGACGAGAGCAGUGGGAAACAGUCCCAGUUCGAGUUCUAGUUCCAGGGUACUUCGGCUGUUUGGGGUCAACAUGGAAUGCGAACCAGAACACGAUUCUGGACCCUCCACACCCCAAUGCACCUACGCCACCACCAACAUCAUGCCCUCCUCACAGGGCACACACCAUUUCUUCCAUCAUCACCAACCUUCUUCCAAUCCCCCCCAACCUCAUCACUUCCUACGUUGUGGCAGUGGGAAAAAGAAGAGCAGCAGCAGCAGGAGGUAAAGGCAGAGACAAAGACAGAGCGACAGAGAGUAAGGCAUGGGGAGGUAGCGUAGGACCCAUUCAGGGCAGUGUCACCAAAUGGAGAAUUGAAGAAUGUGAGGUGCUAGAAAUUGAUGUGGCUAUGCAGAAGUUGAGUAUGAAUAAUGGAGAUGGUGAUGGUGAUGGUGAUGGUGAAAAGAAGAUUAUGUGGAACAGAGCCAAGAAAAUUAUGAUGAGGGGAAAGAGGAACAACGUUAACAACAUGACUAGCAGGGGUGAAAUGUUUAAGCAAAAGUGGGAAAAGGUGAAACAAGGGCAGGGCCAAAAAGAGGAGACAGAGAUAGAUGGUUGGAGCAAGCAAGGGUCGUAUGGGGGAAACUGCCAGAAACAACUCAGCCUCAGCACUGAUUCAAUGCAGCAUUUGUGGCAACCUGAGUCUUCGCUUUUGGCUGAUUAG